GCGAGUUCAGAGGAGCGGAGGGAGCAAAAUGGCGGACAAAGAUAUUACGCUUGAUGGAAAACCUCUACAGUCGCUCCGAGUUGCGGAUUUGAAAGCCGCUCUGGAGCAAAGGAACCUACCGAAAAGCGGGCAGAAAAACACUCUCAUAAAGCGACUUAAAGGGGCUCUGAUGCUGGAAAACCUCCAGAGAUCAUCAUCAUCUCACAGCGGGCUGCAGCCAAACUCUCAGAUAGGAGAAGAGAUGUGCCAGAACAGUUUCAUUAAACAGUACCUGGCCCAGCAGCAGGAGCUCCUUCGUCAGAGGCUUGCGAAAGAGGCCCAGCAGGAAGAGGAGGCUGAUGAAAGCCCAACGGGACCAGAGGAGGAUGAAGACCAGUCUGAAGACAAUGAUAGCCCUCCCUUCAUCAGUAAGCAUCAAGGCUCCCUGAACCUGGCCUCAGGUUCUGAUGUUGGAGGAGAAAAUUCUGUGAUUGGUCAUGGACCUGCUCCUAUGUUCCACCACCGAGAGUCUAAUGAAGAUCCAAGGGGCAGGAAGCAGCGAGCCUCCUUUCAGCAAGGACACAAGGAGCCACCAGCUAGCUCCCCUCCAAGAGCUGUUGCCUCCUUCUUAGUGCAUGUCGUGGGACAACCUGACAGCCAGGGAUGUCCGCCCACCGUGGCCCCAGGCCAGGAGAAGGAAGCAGCUACUCUAAGUUCUCCCAGAACACCUAAUCCAGUGCUCAAUCUCAGUCGAUCUGCCCAGAGUUCCUCUGAAAAUCAUGUGCAGGACGACAGCGAUGAAGACGAUGACGAUGACGAUGAUAGCGAUGAUGACGAGGACUGGGGACCUGGUUCUGGAGGGGCGCGAAGGAGAAAGGCAGCGGUUCCCUCAAAGCAUCAGGUGGCCCCCAGUAUGUCAUCAGCUGCUGCUAGAUCAAAACGCAAGCUUCAGCCUCCUCAGCACAUCCCACCUCCACAGGUACACGACACUCCCAUGCAGCUGCGGCAUCCCACACCUCCUCCCUCUCCACCCCCUAACCUGUUCCCCCUGCCUGACACUCCAAAGCAAAGCCCCCCAGAUGAUCAGGAAAGAGAAGCUCCACGUGACGCAAGGUUGGUGUCUUUCCCACUUCCCGCCACGCAGAGGCAAGACUCUGAUUCCAGCUCUGGCUCUAGCAGCCCUGAACCUCCUGUGAAGCGCAGGUCUGGCCCCCUUUCACUGCUCAUGCACAAGAUGGAGUCAGAGGAAGCAACCUCAUCUCCCGGAUUCUCUGGAGAAACGGCACAUUCAAUUGCCACAUGCUCCAGCGAAUCUCCCCUUCAAUCAUCAGAAACAAAAACGCAACAGGAAAUCAGAGAGACGGAAGAAGACAGGCAGCUUAAAGAGGGGAGAGAGAGAGAACAACAGCAGAAGCUGGAGAGAGAGGGUCUCAAAACACAGGAGCAAGAAAAGAAGAAGAAACGCUUGGAGGAGGAGAGGGAAAAGGAAAGAAAACAUCUGGAAGAGGAGAGGAAGCAGCGUCAGAAAGAGGAACAGGAAAAGGAGAAAAGAAGCCAGGAAGAGGAAAAAGAAAAGAAACACAAAGAGGAGGAGAAGAGAAGAGAGGAGCAGCGGCUGAAAGAGGAAGAAGAAAAGAAACAGGAAAAAGUGAGGAACGACCGAAGAGCGGCAGCUGAAGAAAAAGAUUCGGGUUCCUCCUCAGAUUCUGACUCCAAAUCAGAGUCCUCUGAUUCACACUCAUCAUCAUCCUCUUCUUCCUCCUCCAGGGAUAAAAUGCAGCCUGCCAGUCAGCUGAAGAAGGCAGCUGUAGGACAAGAGGCGGAGGGUAAUAAAACGACUAAGUUCAGUAAAGAUUCAGAGAAACCUAUCCUUUCAAAAAGGGAGGUGUCCGAACCCAGCACAGCCGCUGUUACGGAAGUGGAACCAGACUCUGAGAGCUCCAUGGCCCAGCAGCCAGCAUCUGGAGCUGAGCCAGAGAGCAGUGAGAGCCGAAUGGAGGAGAGUACCACUCCGAAGGCUUUUGCUGCCCGCAAGAUAUCCCUGACUGGCAGCAAGGCAUCUCCGGCCAGCACAGACGGAGGAGCAGGAGAGUCUGAAACGGGAGGCGCAGCAGGGAGGAAGAGGCGAUGGGGCUCCAGCACAGCAGUCACUGUUAAGAAACCAUCAAUCAGCAUUACCACGGACUCCUUGAAGUCCUUGAUUCCUGACAUCAAGGUGAACCAGGAAGUGGUUGUGGACCUUCAUCCCGAGGAACCGCAGAUGUCCGGCGACGAGGAGAACUCUGACACCGGUCGGAGCGACCCAGACCAAGGCCUCAAGAUCCGACGCACCGUCACGCAGGUUGUUCCCAGUGAAAGCCAGGAAAAUGGACAAACUAACGUAGGAGAAGACAUGGAGAAAACAGAGGGUGAAAACCAACACAAGACUUCAAGAGAGAAAAAGAAGAGCGGCCUCUCAGAUGAAACGUCCGAAACCCAGAUGUCUGUCAGCCUAGAUGGAGAGGCAAAGAAAGUAACUCCCAGCGACAGUCUGGUGCGGCGCUCCAUCAGUCAGCAGAAGUCCGGUGUUUCCGUCACGAUCGACGACCCCGUUCGCACAACCAGGCAGCCCUCCCCGCCUCAAGGAAAAGUGUCCAACAUCAUCCAUGUGAUAAACCUGGUCCGACCCUUCACUCUGCUCCAACUCAAAGAGCUGCUGAACCGAACAGGGAGUGUGGUGGAGGAGGGUUUCUGGAUCGACAAGAUCAAGUCUCACUGCUAUGUCACAUACGCAACAACAGAGGAAGCAGUUGCCACCAGGACAGCUCUCCAUGGAGUCAAAUGGCCUCCUAGUAAUCCCAAGGUGCUCAGUAUAGACUUCUGUGAGCAAGAUGAGCUGGACUACCACAAAGGGAUCCGGAAGCCAGAGAAAGACCAGGAUCAUGCUGCCCUGGCUGCUGCUCCUCCGCAGCCCCGGCUGCCCCCUCUAAUGCCCGUGCGAGACAGGGACAAAGAUCAGGACAGAGACCGGGAGCGUGAUCGGGACAGGGACAGAGGAGUGCGGGAUCUGUGGGCAGAGCGUCAAAGGGAGAUGGAGCGGCGAGAAAGGGCUCGAGGAGAGCGAGAAUGGGACCGGGACAAGGUCCGGGAAUUUGCCAGACCCGGAGAGGAGGGACGGCGAUCUCGUUCUAGAGAGAGGGAGAGGAGGAGGAGGGAGAGGGCCAAAAGUAAGGAGAAGAAGACUGAUAAGAAGGAGAAAGGAGAUGAACCUCCUGCUAAACUGCUAGAUGACUUGUUUCUCAAGACCAAAGCAGCUCCCUGUAUAUACUGGCUCCCCCUCACUGAGGAACAGGCGAACCAGAGGGUCUUAGACCGCGUUGAACGGCAGAAGGAGCGCGAGCGAAGACGCAAGGAGCAAGAGGAGGAGGAGGACAAAAAACGUGACGAGGAGAAAAAAGAGAGGCUCAAGGCCAGGGAGAAGGAUAGCGGCGCUGCAGCAAGCGGCGUAGCGUCCGGGAGAGGAGCCGAUACCGAGAGGGAGCGGAACCGUGGCCGAGACAGAGAAGGGGACAAGAGGAGGGACAGCAGCCACCGAUCCAGGCGACCCUCGCCAGUGUCAGGCGGCGGACGGCGUUCCCGUAGUCGCAGCAACCCUCGGGACAGGCGCCGCUGAGGGGCCGGAUGCUGCAGGGAACGAUGAAGAGGGGGGGAGGCAGAGGAUGUAGCAGACAGGAAGUCAUGAGAGGCGAAACGUUUGUCUUGCCUCAUGAUGAGUGGUCCUCACUAUCUGCCCCACCUUGCUUUAAAAGGUUUAAUAUGACACCAGUGUUGUCUUCUACACACGUCUGUCAUAUCCCCCUCCUUUUUAUUGUUCACAGAAAAUCACUUCUGAUCAACAGGAAAUUGUCCGUUUGUCUUCAUCCUUCAGAAGCUUUUUUUUUUUUUUUUUCUCCAGUUGCGACCAGUCCUCUUCAUCUCUGUUCUGUCAGUUCUUCAUUAAAGAGAAGCAGCGGAGGGCGGUUUCAUGCUUCCACCUCAUUUUGUCCAGCUGAGGUUUUGGGGACCGCCUGAGUAUUUUAGUUUUGCGGCUACACAGUUCCUUCCUCCUCAGAGCCCUGUAAUAAAAACCAGUCCAAAAUAGAUCCCCGACCAUGACCCGACAUAUUUUCUAGAAGCCAUUUUACUGUUCGGCACUAAGAGUCAAAUAUAUCUAUGUAUAUACCACAAACUUUACAAUAAUCCCUUAGUCAAAGUGAAGGUUGUUUUAUUUUUGAAUCAGGAUUAUUUUCUCCGCCAGAGAUGGUUGUCGUGUUGAAGCAGGUGAGGAACGUUUACUGAUCUCAACACUGUAACCAUGAUAGGAAAAGAUGUUGCCCCCAAGUUUGUGUUUAGCAGAUGUUUUUGGGGCGAAGACUCGACCGGCCUGACCCCUCAUAUUUAGGAAGAUGAAAUACAGAGGAUUAUCUUCUGAUAGAGUAACAUUUACAAUUUUUAGUAAUUUUAAUUUUGCUUUUAGUUCCAGUUUGGUUUUGUUGGGUUUUUUUUUUCUCUUUCCAAGUGCUGAAUGUAUGAAGAAUUUAAGAAAUUAAUAAAUUGGUUUAACGCAA